UAACGUCUGAGCUAGUUGCGGAAGUGACGUAUGUUCCUCCAGUCAGAGCUCGCAGCGCAUGAUUUUGAACAUCAACAACGCCCCGACGGGAAGUACGCCAGAGAAGAAACGCACACAAAAUACACACAAUUUACGCACUAUCCGUUCUAAAGUCGCCGGUCAAUCGCCUGUGGAUAGCGGCGACCAGCAGUGCGAGGUGUGUGUCGUGUUUGUGAGAGGUUCAGAGGCAUGUUGUGGAGGUGAAGUUUAACCCGUUAAUCUUCUGAGAGAUUCGCGGUCAGCCAUGGUUCGCGAGCGGGUGCAGAAGAAGAGUUUCCAGCAGAGUCUGGACGAAAUCAAGGACAAAAUGAAGGAGAAGAGGAACAAACGCCUCGCUGGGGCUUUAGCGGUCAGCCGCGGCCUGUCGAAGAUGAAGAACCGAAGCUCAGCGACGGUGCAGCCAUUUGUGCUGAAGAGCGUCCAGGAGAACAAUAAAGCUCUCGCCGUGGCGCUGCAGACAGAGCGGGAGAAGGUACGGCAAGCACAGGGGGUCAUUCUGCACCUGAAGAAGGAGAGGCAGGCGCUCGUCUUCCACCUGCUGAUGCUGAAGAGGACGCUUCGAGACCGCACGCCGGCUGAACACGCUCAAGUUUCUCCUCCUAAGGAGACGAUCCCAGCUCAGCCCGUCAGCCCACGGCCGGUUGGUGUGUUUGAGACUGACGUGCAGGAGCCUCUGACUGCAGAGGCUGCUUCGGGGAGCUGUGCUGCCAGACCGGGGUCACUGCCGCCCACUGUGGGAACCAGGAGGAAGAGGCGCUCUGAGGCUGUGAGGAGACGGAGCUCACGCUUGCCCUCCAUCGGGAAAACACACGAGGCUCUCGAUGACCGGCGACAGGACGCGCUCAACACCCAGCCGGAGGAGCAGCGGGUUGCACCGGACGAGCAGAACAGGGAGUUUGAGCUGGAUGUGUCCGAGGUCCAGCACUCGACACCGGAUCCUCCCGUCAGACCGAGCCGAAGGAGGAAACCCACCCAGACCAAACCGGAGCGUGGCCGCAGACCAGACCGGGCCCUGCUGAAGAAACCCUGGGAGAACCCCAAACCCAGAGCGCGCUCCAAAAGCCGUGAGCGUUCCCAGAGCCGGUCCCGAGCGCCGGCCGAGAGCCUCAACUCCUCGCUGGGCGGCAACGACACCUUCGACUUUGACUGUGAGGAGGCCAUUCAUCUGACACCCUUCAGAACCGCACACAAGCCUGCGGACAGACCGAGUGACCCUGCGGAGAGACCGGGUGACCCUGCGGAGCGACCGGGUGACCCUGCGGAGGAAGAGGAGGAGGCCGACAGCAGCUUCUCCGAUGAUGAAGAUGAUUCCCCUUACAUGCCAAAGAGGAAGACCAGAAGGACUCGAAGUUCUCCGGCCAGACGCACUCGGUCCAAACGUCGCUCCGUUCAGGAGAAGAACCGGAACCAGCACUCAGAGAACAACAGGGCUGAGGUGGAAGUGCAUCUCGACACACAGUCGCCGGUCGAUGUUCCUCUCGAGAAUCCCAGCCAAUCACAGCCAAGCCCAGCGCCCCCUGGUGUGUCUCUGGAGUCUCCACUGCCUGUCACGCAUGGAAAGGCGGAGCUUAUGAUGAUUGACUGCCCAAUAUUUCAGUUCCCAAAGUCUGCCAGCAACUCGUCCGAUCGGGAGAACGAGACGCCGGUGGUGAAGAACAGAGGCAGAAGAAGAGGCCGGCUGGUUGUUCACUCAUUUCUGGGCGUGGCUUUGAGUGAUGUGAGCAAUCUCUCCCCCGCAGCCUAUCAGAAGCCGGCGUGUGCUUUGGCCACUCCCCCGACCUCCGCCCCCAGGCGUCGCUGCACCGGAUCUGUGAACUACAAGGAGCCGUCGAUCAGCUCGAAGCUGCGGCGAGGCGAUAAGUUCACGGACACGCGGUUCCUGCGCUCCCCAAUCUUCAAGCCGGCGGCGGCGGCGCGGCGGAGCCUCCAGAAGAGGGAGAUGUACAACGAGUCGUUCGUCGGCUGCCGCUGAGCUCCCGCAAAACUCAGCAAUUCUGUAUUCUUUUAAUUAAGACUUUUAACUGUCAGUUAUAUAAUUGACUGCUUUUAAAUCUCAUGAUUUAAUUGUGAAUAUUAAUAAAGUUUGUCCUCUUCAUUUUCCUAAA